CUGCGCGUGAGUCAGGGGCGCGAGAUUCCACACGUCGCCAUGGCAACCAGAGCAACGGCCUCUUAGAGCCGUUUAGAGGAUCAGCGCCGGUAAAAACCGUUAUUACCGAAACACAGCGACAGAAAACACAGUUUGAAGAGGACAGAGAGGACACAGGAGAAGACUGGUCUGAUCUCCUCUGACAAUGAAAAGUUCACAAGCAGGAGCUCAGUCCGCCAGUCAGACACUCAGAUGGAGCUUCACAGACUCACAGACACAGAUAAAGUCCAUCCUGAGUGGCAGCAUGAGCAGUCUGGACAGUGUGGACAGGAGCACAGAUGAAGCUCCCAGGAGAAACGUGACGAUUUUGGACAGAGGCAGAGACGUCACUCCUCUGAGCCUGCAUCAAGCAGAGCCAGGAUGUUUCCAGUCCGGACCAGAAAGACUCUUUCUGGAUGAACUGUUUUCCAGCUCGGGAUCAGAACACUCCAGUGGUCUCUCUUCCGGCUCAUUGGUGGGUAGCAGCCAAGGAUCCACCCUGUCACUGAAUAAGGAGAGUGAGGAUAAUAUUCCUCAAAUGGACAGACCAAUAAACCUCACAGCUCCACGAGGUUAUCAUUUAGAAUUAUCACUGCCUCCUCCUGUUGUGCCAAAGCAAGAAGACGACUUGAAACAACCUGUGACAGAGAAGAUGUUGAACGAGGAGGUAGACAUCUGCCUCACUGAGACACAUAUCAUUUCACUGUUUGAGCAACCCAACACCUUUGUGUCAGAGGAUGCUGAUGAUGCAGAAGCUCAGAAAGAGAGAAACAGUCAAUAUGCUGAGCUUUGCAAAAACAGAAUAGGCAGCCUGAAGUAUGUGGAACGGGCAAUGUUGACAAUCAAUGAAGCAACUAAAGAUAAACAGACCCAGAGUGACACGAUUGCCACGGUGGAUAAAGGCACUUAUGCUACAAUCUGGGACAUCUAUGACUCUUUCUGUGACCAAAGUGAAAAUCCAGGGAGUGUUGUGAACACCAGCCGAGAUCAAGAGACGAGUGGAGAGGAGAGAAACAUCAGCAGCACACUCUACGCAGAAGGCAGUACCAUAGAAAUAUGCAGGAACAAUUCAAACACUGAGCUCGACCCACAGCUGAUCAUGAUGUCAGAGUCAUUCCAACACAGCUUAUUAUUAAUGGAGAGGAUCAUCGUGGGAAACAUCUUUCAACCCCAGCUGGCUGCUUACAGACAGCUGCCCAUACUAGAAGACCCUGACAGGACUGAGACGCCUAAGACGGAGACACGGAGCAAGGAGUGUGAUGAGAGCUCUUCAUCUCCAGCUCUGAAACAUUUCUGGGCUUUCAGUUUUGAGCUCACAAGAAAAUGCAUCGUUACCUGCAUGACCUGGAACAAGGAGGACCCGAAUAUCCUGGCAGUGGGCUACAGUGACACCAGUGACCAGAAGCGAGGUCUAAUUUGCUGCUGGUCCCUCAAAAAUCUUAAGUGGCCGGAGCGGGUCUUCCACUGUGACAGUUGUGUGACAUCCAUGGAUUUCUCAGCCAUCAACCCCGGCCAGCUGGCUGUGGGGAUGUCCGAUAGCACUGUAGCCAUCUAUAAUGUCCACUUUCGGAACAACAGGCCGCGUAUCGGCAACAGCGGUGAAUGUACCACAAAGUCCAGGCAGCCAGUGUGGCAGGUCCAAUGGACUAAACCUGAGAUGAGCUCAUUACGGAAGACGAUGGUAGAAUCUCUCAUCUCUGUGUCAGCAGAUGGCUGGAUCACCGAGUGGUCCCUCUGCAGCAGUGGUCUUGAUGGCAGAGACCUUAUGCAGCUAAAGAGGAGUAUAAAUUUCAAGCAGACCACUGAGGCAAUGAAGAAGAAGAAAAUACUCCUGUCCACCUUAACCCCUGGACAUUGUAUUGACUUCCAUCCAGUAGAGUCCACUAACUAUCUGGUCGGUACAGAUGAGGGCCACAUCCACAAGUGUUCCUUAUUCAAUGAUCAGUAUUUCCUGGACACGUACAAAGCCCAUGUUUGCCCUGUGAACCACGUGGAAUGGUCUCCAUUUAGUGGUAAUGUGUUCCUGAGCUGCUCCUCUGACUCGUACAUCCAGCUGUGGAGCCAGGACCACUACACCCCCGUGAUGACUUUCGCAACGACCCAGAAGGUUGUGCUGGCCGUCAGGUGGUCCUUGAAGCAGUCCACAGUGUUUGCGGCCAUUUAUGGACAACAAGUGGAGAUCUGGGAUCUGAAUCAAAACAUACCCUUUACUUUUAGAGUGAAGCCAAUCAUCAUGCACCAUGCAGCGCCUGGUGUAAGGCUGACGUGCCUGCUAUUUGCCACAGACUCAGACUGCGUCUUUGUGGGGGACCAUGAUGGACAAGUGACUGUCUAUGAACUCAAGAAUCUCAGUGUGGGGGCAGGCAAGAAGGUGGACACUUUGGACGACAUUGUUCACUAUGAACUCUCCAGACAGCUUAAAGCUAGAAUGUAAAAGUUCACCUCCAUUUUCCAAAGAUGUCAAACAGGAUACCGGUAAUUUUUGUUUUUAGAGCCACUUUACAUUCGUGUUAUUGUGGUUAAGUCUCUUCACUUCAUUUUUUAUUGUAUGUUGUUCAAUACAAGUAUUGAGAAAAGUUUAAAUAAAUAUUUGAAUGAA